UGAAGAAAGGGGCGGUGUGAAUGUGGAUGUGGAUGGAAGAAAACUAUUGCUAACCUUCGAACCUCCUUCCUUUGUUAUCGCAGAAAAUCACGGGACAGUCACCGCUUGUAAAGACAACCAUGAUGGAGACAAUACGCCGAAAGACUGUUUGAGGAAUAUGUGACUGUUUAGAGAGCAAAAAAUAAAGCUGCGAGUCAAGCAAAGGGAAAGGAAACAGUUUUCCCGGAUGCGCUUCAGUCUGGCUGGUUUGUAUCGGUUUCCAAGUGUCCUGCGGGAUAUGUUGUAUCUGGACAAACAAAUGAUUACUUGUUACAUUUCUUUAUGCAGAUAUUUAAUAUAGUAGAUUACACUUGAUUCAGAAAGUGCAGACGACGUUUAAUGGAAUCCAUGGAAUAAUAUAUCCUUUAAUCCACAUUUGAAACUUUAAAUUCGGACCCUUUGAGAAUUUAUUGAUCUGAACAAUACUUGAAAUAUUCCCGUAAAGAUGACGUCUGUGCAUUUUAACCCUGGGUUAGAUUCCAAAGAAGUUAAUGGUAAUUCGGUGAAGGAAGAGGCAGAGGUGCAGAUCGAUGAUGGAAAGGAAGAAACCAAAGACCCAGACACAAUGUACCAUCAGGUCCGGAAAAAGAUAACUCCUUUUGUGAUGUCCUUUGGUUUUCGUGUUUUUGGCCUGGUACUGAUCAUCUUGGACAUCAUUAUGGUCAUUGUGGACUUGUCUCUUUCUGAGAAGAGUCGUGAUGUUGGAGGUGCACUGGAGACUGUUUCUCUGGUCAUCUCUUUCUUUUUCCUCAUCGAUGUAUUGCUCCGUGUUUAUGUGGAGGGAUUCAAAGUGUAUUUCAGCUCAAAACUGAAUAUAGUAGAUGCUUGUAUUGUGGUCAUUACUCUGGUGGUCACCAUGAUCUACGCAUUCUCCGAUUUCUCAGGAGCCAGUCUGAUUCCCAGGGUGGUGACAUUCCUGAGGUCUCUGAGGAUCCUAAUUCUGGUACGCAUCUUCAGACUGGCCUCGCAGAAGAGAGAGCUUGAAAAAGUCACCAGGAGAAUGGUUUCAGAGAACAAAAGACGGUACCAAAAAGAUGGAUUUGAUCUGGACCUCACAUACGUUACAGAAAGAGUCAUCGCCAUGUCUUUUCCAUCUUCUGGGAAGCAGGCGCUUUAUAGGAACCCAAUUAGAGAGGUCGUUAGAUUCUUGGACACCAAACAUAUGGAUCAUUACAAGGUUUUUAAUCUCUGCAGUGAGAAAGGUUACGAUCCAAAGUUCUUUCACUACAGAGUAGAGCGUGUCAUGAUAGAUGACCAUAAUGUGCCUUCACUGGAUGAUAUGCUGCGCUACACCGCCUGUGUCAGAGACUGGAUGGCAGCAGACUCCAGGAAUGUUAUUGCCAUCCACUGCAAAGGAGGAAAGGGUCGUACCGGCACAAUGGUUUGCACAUGGCUCAUUGACAGCGAUCAGUUUGAGAGUGCACAGGAGAGCCUGGAUUACUUUGGAGAGAGACGGACUGAUAAAAGCAUGAGCUCCAAGUUUCAAGGUGUUGAAACUCCGUCUCAGAGCAGGUAUGUUGGCUAUUAUGAGAUCAUGAAGAAUCAGUACAACCGUCAGCUUCCUCCUCGGAAGAGCCUGAAAAUCAAGAGCAUCCGAAUCCACUCCAUCGCAGGUGUGGGGAAGGGCAACGGCAGUGACCUGAAACUGAAGAUCAUAGUGAAGCACGAGCUUGUUUUCCAGUGUGUUUGUGCCAAACAGCACAACUGUACAGUGUUUCCUGACACUGGUAGCAAUGCGGUGGUCAUCAGUUUACAGGACGGGCCUAUAGUGACUGGAGAUGUGAAGGUCAUGUUUGAGUCCAGUGCUGGUUUGCCGAAGGGUUAUGAGGACUGUCCCUUCUAUUUCUGGUUCAACACCUCAUUUGUGGAGAACUACAGACUUUUUCUGUCGAGGGAAGAACUGGACAAUCCUCACAAACCCAAGACCUGGGACAUUUACAAGGAAGACUUUGGAGUGACGCUGUCUUUCACUGAGCCUUGAGUUACCUAUUUAAGGUCUAACCUACUUAAAGGGAUAGUUCACACAACAAUUUCCUCAUUGUCUUAUUAGUGGUAAUAAACUUUCUAUCUUUUGUUGAGCACAAUAUGAGAUAGUCUGAAGAAUGUUUAAAAAAAACAUAUAGGAACAAAAAAUGCCAAUGGCUUUUUUCCAAAAACAUUGUCAAACAGAAGGAAGAAAUCUAGUUUAACAAGUGGAGGAAGAAUAAAUGAUGGCAGAUGGCUAAAAUAAAUAAAAAAAAGUAUAUGUGUUUGUGUAAACUAUCCCUUUAAGCUAUAAACUGAAGCCAAAGUAAACACUCCAUGUAAACCCACAGCUAUAAGAUCUGAGCGAGACGUUUUGUACUUUUGUUUUCAUCCAGUUGUAUUUUGAUGGUUGUCUUUUUGUGUUUGAAAAGAAAAAGGAAUACUUAAUA